AUGGGCGGUGCCGUCGCAAAUUAUUCAGCCCAUCAAAACUACACUAUAAAUUGGUCAAAGAAUUGCGUGCGAAGCAUCACCAAAACAAUGGAUGUUCGGCGAUUUUUGAUCCCUUCGAUUCUGCUGAUUGUUCCCGUCGAUGUGUGCUUCGCUUCCAGCGGCACAACUCCGGUCAUGGGAUGCCCGUGCUCUGUAGACAGUGUCGCGCUUCUGUACAGCCCUGGAACCGUUCCAGGCCUACCGACAAGUGUUGAGCCUAUCGCGACACCAACUUUUGAUGAAAAAGAGUGCCCGAUAAGUCUUGAUAUCAUGUGUACACCUCCUCCUGGUCGAACUGUCUACAUGAAUUUUCAAGACUUUAUUGGCGGUGUAAUACAGACAAACAUGGUCACUUUAACAUGCAUUAACGGAGAAUUCAUUCAUUCCGACCCAGUUUUUGGAGAGAAGUAG